GCGGAAAUUUUGGCAAAUGACAAGACGCGGGGAAGUGCGAAUGUGUGAGAGAGCCAGCUGACAUCCCCGUGUGUGAUUCCCCCAAAUGAAAAAUCAGAAUUAAUCGUUGCGUGAGACGGUGUUCACAAUUUACACAUUGACUUCGAUGCUGUAAAUCAUCUGUGGUCGUGAUAAGGUAGUUUUCAUCGCAGUGACUUAUCUCCAUUGGGGCUUUUAGUUGGUUUCCGAGAUAAGAUUACUGCCUUGACUUUUUUUUCGUGUGCGGAGGCAAUCGUGCCGUCCCACUCCCACCAAUGCCUUUUGCACGGUGUCGUAAGUCGCCAGAGGGCGGCUCGAUGUAGUAGUGUGCAAGAAGAAGAUUCCUCCAAUAUUUUAACAAGUGGAGAAGAAAAAAUUCAAUAUUUAUCAUCAACUCUUUAUCCAUCAUUUAGCACCAAGUGCGGAAUUACAGUGUGUGUGGGUGGCAACGCGACAAGACAGGAUUCAGAUUUUCCCGGGUGACAAGGAGCACGUGUGACCUGGCUAGACGGGAAAAUCAAUGAGACACAAUUGGCUGGGGGCUUAAUUUGGAGUCAACUGCGCAAUGGGGCUAACACUGUCGGAGCCAGUGACCAAUAAAGAGUCCGCCUAUUGUCAGAAUGAUCAAUUCCGGGUGGGCUCGAGUUGUAUGCAAGGAUGGCGUGUUCACAUGGAAGACUCCCACACUCACAUCCUGUCGUUGCCUGAUGAUCCACAAGCGGCCUUCUUUGCCGUCUACGAUGGCCACGGGGGCGCCAAUGUGGCCCAGUAUGCUGGAAAGCACCUCCACAAGUUCAUUGUCAAGCGGCCAGAGUAUGAGGAAAACCCCGAAGAGGCCAUGAAGCAAGCAUUCCUGGACAUUGACGAUGCGAUGCUGAAAGAUGAGAAACUGAGGGAGCAGAUGGCUGGAUCGACGGCUGUGUCCAUCCUCAUAAAGAAUGACACGCUGUAUUGUGCUAAUGCUGGGGAUUCGCGUGCAAUUGCGUGUAUCAAUGGCAAAGUGGAGGUGCUGUCGAUUGACCACAAGCCCAACAAUGAGCGAGAGAUGAAGCGGAUCUUCGAGGGAGGUGGCUUUGUGGAGUACAAUCGUGUCAAUGGGAAUUUGGCACUGUCUCGGGCUCUUGGGGAUUUUGUCUUCAAGAAAAAUACCCACCUGAGUCCUGAAGAUCAGAUAGUCACAGCGUAUCCGGAUGUUGAAGUGAGGAAAAUUACGCCAGAAUGGGAAUUUGCAGUUCUAGCCUGCGAUGGUAUUUGGGAUGUGCUGAGCAAUGAGGAUGUUGUUGAUUUCUGCAGACAACGAAUAGCCCUGGGUCUCUAUCCAGAAGAAAUUUGUGAACAGCUGAUGACUCGAUGCCUUGCUCCGGACUUCCAGAUGGGUGGUUUGGGUGGGGACAAUAUGACAGCUGUGCUAGUUUGCUUUCUACAUGGCAAGACGUACGAGGAGCUCCAGGUGAGGUGCUCCUCCUCACUCAAUAAUCACUCACCAUCGGAAAGUGAAGAGACUCCUGACCUCAAGUGAAUUCCUCACACACUUCCAAGUCCUCCAUCCUAAAAAUUCCGGAGGACAAGUUGAAAUAUUCGUUAACGAAUUUUCAAAUCCUUUUCUGUUCUGUUCCUCUUCCAGAAAACUAUUUCCUCAGUGUUUCUAGGUGAUAAUGUUCUUUUGUUGAAUUCUGUGUAGCUAGUGUCUAACGGCUUCCUAGUGAGUUUUUUCCCACAAUUUGCGUUAUUGAAGAAAAAAAAACAGAGAAGAGAAUUCCUUUCAUGUGGUUUUGUAGGUGAAAAAACAUGGUAUAAUCCCAAAGCAUUGUAACAUAGAAAGUAGUGAUAAGGACAUUUUUAAGUUAAUUGAGAAAAAUAAUGAUAAUAACAAAGGAACAUUUUUUGCAAUAAAUUUUGAAAUGAAUUUUUAGAGCAAA